AUGCAACUCUUCACUCUCCUCAUCGCCGCGGCGCCCGCACUCACUUCCUUCGUCUCGGCCUCGGCGCUGACCGCGGACGAGAUGGCCGUGGAGAAGCGCAACCUCUACAAGCACUGCUGCAACGGCAUACUUUGGAAGCGUGACGACACCGAGUCGCUCGAAAAGCGUACCUUCUGCCUUCGCAAGCGAAAUCUCUGGAUCUACAAAUGCCCGACGACGCCGACAUGCAACCCCCUCAACUGCCCGAAACCUUCUAACUCGCUGGCGCUUUGCACCAACGAUCAGUGCGACUUCCAGUGCCUCGGCGACACCAUCAAGGUCGGCUCGAUCUGCGUGAAGCCGUGAGUAUCUUUCCUUUUCUUCUCCUGUGCUCGUUGGCGUCUUGACGUCCACUCCCCCUCAAGACCAUGAUGACUGACGCUAUGACGCGCGCCAUUUGCAUUUUCACCCUCUAUCCAGCUGCUCGCCGUGGUCAUGCCCGGCCGUCGCCAACGCCACUCCGGUGUGCAAGGACGACCAAUCUUGCGACUUCAACUGCAACUCGGGCUUCAACGAGGUCGACGGCAAGUGCGUUCCUAAUUGCGACCCCACCAAGUGCCCCGUCGUCGCCAACUCGCAGUCGAUCUGCACGAGCUCUGGUGACUGCGACUUCAACUGCAACUCUGGCUUCAACAAGGUCAAUGGCGUUUGCGUUCCCAACACUCCUACCUGCGAUGCUUCCCAAUGCCCCGCAUGUGCCAACGGUACGCCGAUCUGCACGGACAACAAGUGCGACCUCAAGUGCGAUACCGGCUUUUCCAAGCAAGACGGUCAAUGCGUCCCCAACGUUCCGUGAGUUGCUUCUCUCCGAUCCCCCCUGGCGUGCGAUGCCGCCUUUGUCUCAAAGAGAACCAUCCGCUAAUUUUGUCUUCGAUGAUUAACUCUCUUCCAGCACCUGCACGAAGAAGUCGGUCGCUUUCUACGACAAUUUCCAGUCGACGGCGGACGGUGAGCUGGCCGUCACGGUCGCGUCGAUCGAUGCUUGCGCCGCCUACUGCUUGACGAAGAACUGCGCCUCGUUCGACUUCUGGGAUGGCAACCAGUGCGGUAUUCAGAUUGGUGGUGGUGGAUUCGACGGCUUCCAGUACUCGCCCGGAGUCGUCCACGGUGUUCCCGGCCAAUGCUCCGACUACACCGACAAGUGCCCCGAGAAGGUCGCCGUCAAGGCUUGCUACAACAAGUCGGUCUGGUCAGUUUUCUACGCUAACUUUAUGUUCAUCUGAGGUCAUUUUCGUCGUGCUGACUCUUUCCUCCCGACGCUACGUGCAGCCCCGCAACCGCGGCGCGCCUUCGUCGCUCGCACAGCAAGCGCUUGCAUUAA